CCCCUGUGCGCCGCUGGCCCGCAGAUCCCCAGGACGCUGCCAUGCCGGGAGGGGCUGAGGCGGGGGAGGCCGAGGAGGAGGCUGGGGCCGGCUCGGGGUCCGAGGCGGAGGAGGACGCGCUGUGGGAGCGGAUCGAGAGCGUCCGGCACCGGCUGACGCGCGCCCUCAACCCGGCCAAGCUCACGCCGUAUCUGCGCCAAUGCCGGGUCAUCGACGAGCAGGACGAGGAAGAGGUGCUGAGCACCUACCGCUUCCCGUGCCGUGCCAACCGCACCGGGCGCCUGAUGGAUAUCUUGCGCUGCCGUGGCAAGAGGGGCUAUGAGGCCUUCCUGGAAGCCCUGGAGUUCUACUACCCUGAGCACUUCACGCUCCUCACGGGCCAAGAACCUGCCCAGCGCUGCUCCAUGAUCCUUGAUGAGGAGGGGCCUGAGGGCCUGACCCAGUUCCUGAUGACAGAGGUGCGGCGGCUGCGGGAAGCCCGUAAGAGCCAGCUGCAGCGGGAGCAGCAGCUGCAGGCCCGGGGCCGGAUGCUAGAGGAGGAGCGGGCAGGGCUGGAGCAGCGGCUGCGGGAGCAGCAACAGACACAAGAGCGCUGCCAGCGGCUGCGGGAGGACUGGGAGGCGGGGAGCCUGGAGCUAUUGCGGCUUAAGGACGAGAACUACAUGAUUGCCAUGCGCCUGGCACAGCUCAGUGAGGAGAAGAACUCAGCCGUGCUGCGCAGCCGGGACUUGCAGCUGGCGGUGGAUCAGCUCAAGCUCAAAGUGAGCCGGCUGGAGGAAGAGUGCACGCUGCUGCGAAGGGCCAGAGGGCCACUCCCUGGGGCCGAGGAGAAGGAGAAGGAGCCCGACAGCGCGGACCUGGUCUCCGAGCUGCGCGCCGAGAACCAGCGGCUGGUGGCGUCGCUGCAGGAGCUACAGGAGGGCCUGCAGCAGGAGGCGAGCCGGCCUGGAGCCCCAGGCUCUGAGCGGAUCCUGCUGGACAUCCUGGAGCAUGACUGGCGGGAGGCGCAGGACAGCAGGCAGGAGCUGUGCCAGAAGCUGCAUGCCGUGCAGGGGGAGCUGCAGUGGGCCGAGGAGCUGCGGGACAAGUACCUGCAGGAGAUGGAGGACCUGCGGCUGAAGCACCGGACGCUGCAGAAAGACUGUGACCUGUACAAGCACCGCAUGGCCACCGUCCUGGCCCAGCUGGAGGAGAUCGAGAAGGAGCGGGACCAGGCCAUCCAGAGCCGAGACCGGAUCCAGCUGCAGUACUCACAGAGCCUCAUCGAGAAGGACCAGUACCGGAAGCAGGUGCGGGGCCUGGAGGCUGAGCGGGAUGAGCUGCUGACCACGCUCACCAGCCUGGAGGGGGCCAAGGCCUUGCUGGAGGUGCAGCUGCAGCGGGUCCAGGGCGGCCCCUACCUCAAGGCCUGUGCAUCUUCCCAUUCCCUGUGCUCCAACCUCAGCAGUACCUGGAGCCUGAGCGAGUUCCCCUCCCCACUUGGAGGCCCGGAAGCAGCGGGGGAGGCGGCUGUCAUGGGGGGUUCUGAGCCCCACACCUCGGAAGAGGCCACCGACAGCGAGAAGGAGAUCAACCGCCUCUCCAUCCUGCCCUUCCCCCCCAGCGCUGGUUCCAUCCUCCGCCGGCAGCGUGAGGAGGACCCUGCACCUCCUAAGAGGUCCUUCAGCAGCAUGUCGGACAUCACAGGGAGUGUGACCCUUAAGCCCUGGUCUCCUGGCCUCUCAUCAUCCUCAUCCUCUGACAGCGUGUGGCCUCUGGGAAAGCCGGACGGCCUUCUGGCCAGAGGCUGUGGCCUGGAUCUCCUCAACAGGUCUCUGGCCAUCCGAGUGUCAGGCUGGAGUCCCCCAGGGGGGCCCGAGUCCCAGGACAAGGGCUCAGAUGGCUUGUUCCCUGGGGACAAUUGGUCUGGGGCCGUGGUGCGGAGGGUGCUCUCUGGGCCAGGGUCUGCGAAGGUGGAGCCAAGAGAGCCAAGGGCAGAGGCUGCUGGCUUGGAGGGGGCAGGCCUGGAAGGGGAGGCCCAGCAGAGAACCUUGCUCUGGAACCAGGCAUCCACACUCCCCUUCCUGAUGGACUUCAAGGCCUGCCAGUCCUUCCAUGAGGCCCUAGACGCCUGGGUGAAAAGGCCAGGUGCCGAGCCCUUCUACAUUCGAGCCAACCUCAACCUGCCUGAGCGGGCCGACCCCCACGCCCUGUGUGUGAAGGCCCAAGAGAUCCUGCGGCUGGUGGACCCUGCGUACAAGCGGCGGCAGGAGUGGUUCUGCACGCGGGUUGACCCCCUCACACUGCGGGACCUGGACCGAGGCACUGUGCCCAAUUAUCAGAGAGCCCAGCAGCUCCUAGAAGUUCAGGAGAAAUGCCUGCCCUCCAGCCGACACCGGGGGCCCCGCAGUAAUCUGAAGAAGAGAGCCUUGGACCAGCUGCGGCUGGUGAAGCCCAAGCAUGUGGGGAGUCCUGCUGGGGACUCCCCGGAGCAGCUGCUGCUGGAGCCCUGCUCAGAGCCCGAGCAGAGCCUCAAACCCUACAGCCUGGUGCGGCCCCUGCUGGUGUCUGCCUUGCGGCCCGUGGUGCUUCUGCCUGAGUGCCUGGCGCCCCGGCUCAUCCGCAACCUCCUAGACCUGCCCAGCUCCCGCCUGGACUUCCAAGUGUGCCCAGCAGAAAGCCUCUCUGGGGAGGAGCAGUGCACAUCCUCAGCGCCUGGAGCCCCCAAAGCCUGGCCUGCCCCUCCGGGGCUGGGGAGCAGGAUCCGUGCCAUCCAGGAGUCUGUCGGGAAGAAGAAGCACUGCUUGUUGGAGCUGGGUGCGCGGGGUGUGCGGGAGCUGGUCCAGAACGAGAUCUACCCCAUCGUCAUCCACGUGGAGGUGACUGAGAAGAAUGUCCGGGAGGUCAGGGGUCUGCUGGGCCGGCCGGGCUGGCGGGACUCCGAGCUUCUGCGGCAGUGCCGAGGCUCGGAGCAGGUGCUCUGGGGGCUGCCCUGCUCGUGGGUGCAGGUGCUGGCCCACGAGUGGGGCCACUCGGAGGAGCUGGCCAAGGUGGUGCGUGGCCGCAUCCUGCAGGAGCAGGCCCGCCUCGUGUGGGUGGAGCGCGGCAGCGCCAGAGGCUGCAGCAGCAGCAGCAGCGAGGCCUGAGGGGCCCCUUCUGAUGCCUGUGCCUUCCUCACGCACUUCAGAAGCCACCAGCGGGGACCCUGGUGUCUGCGGUGGAGCCGGGUCCUCUCCAUCCUGAGCCUUCCCAGAUCCUGGGAUUUUUGCUUCUGGGCUCUGGGCUCUGUCACCCGCAGGAGCCCCGGGGCAGAGCUUCCGCCCACCCCUCUACUUGCUGCUCUGGGCCUUCCCGUGGCCUCGUGUCUCCAUGGACCCAUUCUCGUGGGUCUCACGCACACCUGUGUCCUCUCCCUCGUUGCUCACCUCAGAGCAUCUGCAUUCUCACUCCUGUGCACUGGUUUGCACACCCGGGUUCUUUUCGGGCAGCUCAUGUCUGCCCCUCCCUCCGGCACGAGGUCUCCUGGCUUUGGGGCCUCUUCUGCUCACAGGGGCCCCGAGCCCAUCUCUCGUGACCCACCCGUCCGGCUCACAUUUCCUGUGUGUACCUCCACAGGGGCGUUGUGGCUUCCCCCGGUCCACUGUCACCUGUAACCCUCGUGUCUUCCAGUCACGUGUAUCCGUGGUUCUCCCCUGUGUAAAUGUCAUGCCCCCACUCCCAUGACACUUGGCACUAACACGUGUGUGUUCCUGGUGAGCACACCCAGGACCAUGUUCUCAUGGCGCCCCUGCCUUGCCCUGCCUCUCGGAGGGCUGGGUGGGGAGGGGCCAGCCGCUCAGUUACCAGAAUGUACAGCUCGUGAAAUUAUAACGGGCCUUUUUUUCACUCAGAAGCCGCAUAUUAUGGAACAUUAAAUAGUUUGUCAUAGAA